AUGCAGAUAGCAUGUCAUUUCAAUCUCGCCCUUUUAUAUAUAUUACAUUACAGUCCCAUAAAGUAUGUUGGUAGAAAACAGAGUUGAGACAAUGGGGAUCGCCACAGACCAAGUUUAGACAAAGGAUGCGUUCUGUUAUCAGAUUACAGACAACUGAACGCAAUAACGUUAAUGUAAGUUUUGAGUGGUAACUCUUUGUCUCAGUUCUGAGAGAAGGACACCGACUCAUAUCGACAUAUUCUGGAAAAUUCCGUUACUCGUUGUCAGAAACCGCACUGAGGCAUGCCAUGACACAAUUCGCUUCAUAACCAUAGAUUAAUAUCCAGGGAGUGUUCUCAGAAGACAACAGACAUGGUGUCCUACGGGUGUAGUUUUGUAUUGCUCAUUGCUUGUACCCUGUUGGCUUCAACACAUGGACACGCACAGAAGACCUUCUCUGGACAACUUGUGUCUGGUGUAUACAUGGAGACAGGGGUCUCCAGCUUCACCUCGUGUCAGUCUCUGUGCUGGUACUCCGUCUCCUGCAUGUCCUGCACCUGGGCUACAAGGACGGGCUUGUGUUACCUCAGCAGUGAGACCAGGGACACCUCACCAGCAUCCUUCUCUGUCAGUCCACAUUAUAUGUAUUCGGAUGUCAUGAAUCCAUUUGGACUGAACGACCAGCAUCCCUGCAUGAGCCGACCAUGUCAUACUGGGGAGAUCUGUGUCCCCGUGGAGGCGGGGACUGGUCACCUGUGCUUAUACACGGGCUUAACUCAACCUUCUAUGACACCUACCACACCUGCAGCCGCAACCACGACAACAACUAGUGUCGCAUCAACGACUGGUACCACAGGAAGACGUUCUACGUAUGCAUCUACUACCACGACUACAUCACCAAACCCAUCAACGCUCAACGCCGACACUACUGCUCCCACAACAACAACUAGUGUCGCACCAACGACUGUUACCACAGGAGGACGUUCUACGUAUGCGUCUACUACCACGACUACAUCAUCAAACUCAUCAACGCUCAACGCCGACACUACUACUCCCACAACAACAACUAGUGUCGCACCAACGACUGUUACCACAGGAGGACGUUCUACGUAUGCGUCUACUACCACGACUACAUCACCAAACUCAUCAACGCUCAACGCCGACACUACUGCUCCCACAACAACGAUCAAACAUUCGUCGACCACUUCAACCACUUCAGAAACGACCACUACUACUUCUACAACAAUGACAACAACCACCACUGCAGCUGAGACAUAUGCCUGUGUGACCGACUGUACGGGAAGAGAUGGACGAUACCACUCUUGUCAAGGCUGUCACAUGUAUGCUGUUUGUAACGCUGGGACUCUAAAUGAUAUGCCCUGCCCUGCCAACACAGAAUGGAAUGAUAUCAUCAAGACCUGUGUUGUUGCACCCUCACCUACCUGCCUUUAAUCCGUCCAUCGACAUAAAGAUGUACUUGUGCCAUACGUUUCCGUGUGACGGGUGCCACCGAUGGAGCAGGAUAAGUUCACCUUUUCCCGAAUACCCUACAUCAUCGCUAUGUGAUAGUGAUUCAAUCACACAUGCUCAUGAUACAGUUGGAAUCGUACAAUUCAGUCUCCGUACAGCAGAAAUUUCUUGUGGCUGCGAGGAGGGCUUUGUCGCUUUUAUUUACGACUCGUGCAAUGUGCUUUUCUUCCACACAGCAUUUUAGCACUAUGUUUGAAGCAAACUAGGCCCUAGAUGAUUGCUUGUACAACGGUAUCCAUGGAUAUUAUAGAAGUCAAUAUGUGUGUCACAAACAUUGCAAAACAUUACUUGUUUGCUGUUGGUUGUUGUUGCUGAAGUCAGCAAUAUUCCAGCCACAUGAAGUCAGCAAUAUUCCAGCCACAUAAUGACCGUCUGUACAUAACCGAAUAUGGGCCAGAAGAACCAGUGAGUGAUGUUAUGAGCAGCUUCAGACGCCAUUGUCACCUUGUUAGACAAGCAUAUGCCCGAUGUUUAAUUGCAAACAAUUCUAUUCGUCAUAGUAUGAUUACUAUCGAACGUGUGUCUUAUUACAUUCUUUGCAUUCUUUCGGCAAUUUAUUAAUUGUUUCCAAACCUAUUCUGGAUCAGGUUUUAGGAUUUUAAAUGUUAAUUACUUCCAACCAUUCGAAGGCCUUAUCUUGCAAUGGUCGCACUCUCAGCAUCAAAGUAGCAUCGGUAUUAAUUCCACUUUUAGAAUGAAGGACGUCAUAUGGUGCUUCUUUGAUAGGCAUUUAGAAGUUGGAGUACUAAGUAAGGAUGGUGCAUAAAAAGGACGACUUUUUCGAAAUUCAUGAGAAAAUCUCACGCCUUGUCUACAAAUAAAACACUUGGUCAUGUAUAUUCGAAAAAUAACCAUUUUAAAGCACAUGUUAGCCUCAACCUUACAUGUGUUGUUGCUAAAAGUAUAUACAAGUGUGGAUUAAAAGAGACUUAUUCUCAUUCAUAUGAAAACAUCUGAAAACCACAGCAAAAAAAGUGUAGCAGGAAACCUUCCGGAAACCUUCCGGAAACCUUCCAGAUGCCCUCA